AAGAAGGAUUCCUUCCUCCAUAUUUGUAUAGCCCAUGAGCUUAGGCCGUCGGUAAUUUUUCAAGCCGUAAAUAAAGAGUGCAAAAAUGACUGAAUAAAGAAGCAAAUCGAAUGCACCAGGAACGGUAGUCGCACGGCUACAGCGGAAAUUGUUGGUGUCGUGCGCGUUUGCAGUGUUUGGGUGUAUCGAUUUUGUGCUCCACACCGUCGAAUGUGUAUCGUCUUCGUUUGUGGUGCACUUUUCCGUCACAGCGAGACACUGCGGUAAAGGAUCUGUGCGAGCGUGUGUGAGCAAAAAAAAAAGCCCGUGUCCGUAACGCGCCCCCCAUCUAGCCUUGUUACGCGUAACAUUUUCUAGAGAAAAGUGCAGUUCUUGGCCAAUUUAGAACUGUGCGUGAGUGUGUGUAUGUGUGUGUGUGAUUGUGUGCUUUGAAAACGCUACCGUCGCACAGACGAAAGGCGAAAUUUUGCAUGGAUCGGUGAGCCUUCUUCUCGUGAGAAAAAAAGUCAACGCAGAGAGCAAGAAGCAAAAGAAGAAGAAGAAGAAGUGUAGCCCGUCAUAUAAUAGCUUCUGGGUGCGGUGGAAGGGAGGGAUGCAAGUGUAAAAUUGAUGUGUGCUUGUGCAUGUGUGUGUGUGAGUGCUGUGUACGCGCGUAUAUCUGCCUGCUCGAGGACGUGCUAGUGUGUGCGUGUGCGUAUUAUGUGUAUGCAUCGUUGAUCCUGUCAGCUUCCUGCAGUGUGUAGCGAGGCCGUCGUCGUGUAGCAGCAGCAGCAGCAGCCCGCCUGCCCGACCCGCCGGUUGUGUUUGCGGAUUGUGAAACAAAAACGACAAAACCGAGUUCAUUCCAGCCAAUCUUGCGUCAAUGUCCGGCUUGGUGUGAGAUGGGAAUGUUUCCAAACCAUAAUAUUAAUCGGUAUCAAUGCACGGUCAUUUCGACGAAGAACAACGUGAUCUAUGUCAUAAAGUGGGAGUGUUAGAAUAGGGGAGCGAAACAUCAAACUGGAUUAAACUGUGGCUAAUCGAUUAUAUGAUGUGAAAUAAAAUCAGUAAAUAAAAUACUCAUCUAUCAUUUAGAGAUUAAAAUGGUAUUGCUGGCCCAAGGGCCGUGGCCCUUCGAAACUGUUGUGCAACUGCUAAAAAACUGCAAUCUUUGCCAAACAGUAGUCGGCUAUCAUAGUUGUCCUCGUUACCCGUGCUCUAUUGCUCCGACAUCAUCGUCAUCGUCGUCGUUCGUCCCGGUUUCCCGCGCAGACUGUUCAACAACGAAAGGCGAUUUAAGCGAACAAUACUUCCAAAGAACGACCGAAUCGCCUGUAGACGCGCAGGAACAAUUUGUCCGUAAAGCACCCAGCAGCUCUGCGUUAUCUCUGCUAUUUGACGCCACCGCUAACGUGACCCGACCAAACCGGUGGCAAAGAUUGUUGAUGGGCCCGCUGGUGGCGGAAGCCCCGCACUCUUUCACUGCAUGGAUUCAAUGAGUCGCAACGAGGCGAACAGCAGCAGCCACCACCAAAACAAGGUGGUCUUAAUGAAUCAAGGAACUGAUAGCAAUAACGAAAGAGCUAAUAAUCUAACAAGUAGCGGUAGCAGCAGCAGCAGCAGCAGCAGCGGCGGCGCCAAGAGCCACAUCAACAGCACUCGAGGCAACAGCACUAGCGGUAGUAGCAGUAGUAGAAGCAACAUUAUUAGUCUUAGCGGUAGUAAGAGCAGUAUUGGCAGUGACAGCAACGCUGCCAGUGGCAGCGGCGAUAAAUUUAGCAGCGGUAAGGGCAACCAACCGAUAGCAGCGCACGUGGCGGCGAUCAUUCACCCGCAGCGUCUUCAGCACCAUUCGGGGUCCGUAGAUCGGCCGGCGUCCGCCGAUUCCGACCGGGGAAGCUAUAACCCGAUAGCAGCGGCAGCCGGUGCUGUUGGCGUGGUGUCGACUGUUGCACCCUCCUCCUCGCCAGCGACGUCGUCCGGGGCGGAUAUAAAAGACUCCAACUUUGACGACGAUAACGAGUGGGACGUCGGUAUCGGAGAUUUGAUAAUCGAUCUAGACGCGGACAUUGAAAAGACUGGUGCAAACCAGCAUCAGCAGCAACAGAGACAGCAGCAGCAGCAGCAGCAGCAGCAGCAGCAGCAGCAGCAGCAGCAGCAGCAGCAGCAGCAACAACAACAACAACAACAACAACAACAACAACAACAACAACAACAACAACAACAACAACAACAACAACAACAACAGCAGAGUCAACCGCAAUCCAGCAGUAGUAGCAGCAGCAGCAGCAGUUCGACUACAGUUGGUGGUGUGCUGCAAUUUCUAUCAACCAGUGGUGGUGGUGAGUCCACGUCAGCAAUUACGCCAGUGACUACUCACAGCGGUCAGUCACGCAGUGGCAAUAGUUCGGGAAAGGGGAGCAAAUCCGGCGCAGUCAGUGGUUCCAGCGAUACCAGAGACAAAAGCUCAGCAGGAGGAAGCGGAACAGGAAACACUGCCAGCUCUGGUGGUAGCAGUAGCUCAAAGGGACAUCAUCAUCACCAUCACCAUCAUCACCACCACCAUCAUCAUCACCAUCAUCGUCACAAACAGCAGCAACAACAGCAGCUAAGCGGUAGUAGCAGCAGCAGCAGCGGCAGCGGCAGCAACAGCGGCAGCAGUAGCAGUAGUGGUGGUGGAAGUAAUACCAGCGCGAGUACGAGCGCAGGAGAGAAAGGCGGAGAGUCGCAGGGGAGAACUCAUACCACCAGCAAUUCUUCUACCAGUAGCUCAACUACAACGGCAUUGCCUGUCAACCCCGUUACAGUGGGCAGUGCGCCAGUAUCCACAGCAGGGCAGGGAAUAAGAUCCCAUCCGGGUAUCGAUACUAUUGAUAGUGCUGGUUCCCGUGGCGAUACGCAUACGCUCGUAGGGAGCAGCGGUCGCAGUAAACAGAGCGCACCAUCCGCUAGUGCCAGCAGUGUGUCUGGGGUGGUUGGAAGCAGCGGCAGUAGCGGUGGUAAUAGUAGCAACAGCAAUACCACAACAAUGUCUUCGACCACCAGCAGCUCGGGUAGCAAGUCAACGACCAAACUGUCCGUUGACCACCAAGCAACCCUGGAUAAGGGGCUGAAGAUGAAGAUCAAGCGCACGAAGCCUGGCACGAAAACGUCAGAAGCAAAGCACGAGAUUGUCAAGUCCGAUCAAAACGGCACCACAGCAACAACGGCCACGUUAAGUGCUGGUGGUGGUGGUGCGGGUGUCGGCACCGGUGGUAUCGGAUCGUCUGCCGCGCUUACCAGCACGACCGGUGUUACUGGCAUGACCACAUCGGCCUUGGUAGGCACCGGAUCAUUGACGAGUGCUGGUAGUAUGGCAGGCACUCCACUGAACGCCAACAGCGGUGCUUCAGCGGGUGGCCAUUUAACGACUGAUUCCGACAGUACGGGUAUAGCUGGAGGCGGAGGAACGAUCGGCGGAGUGGGUGGCGUUGUUGGAAGCGGCAUUGGAGGAGUGCUGAGCUCUGGAUUGAAUGCGACCGCCAGCGGACAUUCGGGCAGCGGCACGGGAGUAAACUGUGCCAAUGCGCUCGUCAACAGCAACGCUUCCAACGGCAGUAACAGUGGCAAUGUGGCGCUGAGUAACAGUGGCAACACGGCCGGUAAUAGUGGAGGCGGCAGUGGGAGCAGCACUAGCAUUAGCGGUGGAAGUAUCGUUCUGGGUAACUCCGGCAAAAAACACUCAUCACAGUCCACCAACAGUGGAACGAUUGGGAGUAGCAGCAACACGGGCGGCAACAGCAAUGCUCAGCAGCAGCAGCUGAGCUCUAGUAUGCUUACCUCUCAGCAGCAACAGUCCCAGCAGCAGCAUCAGCAGCACCAGCAACAACCGGCACAGAGUUCAAAUAAGCGUGGUAGCAGUAGUCACAGGAGAGACAAGGGGAAAGAUAAAACCACACACCACAAUCAGCGUGACAAAAACGAGCAGCAUCAAGGAGCAUCGGGGGCUGCCGGUGGCUCCGUGGAUGGCAGCAUUGGUUCGAGCGGGUUGACUAAUAGUCGAUCCGCGACGAGUAGUGGCUGCGUAUGCGUCGUCAAUCAUGAUGUACAAGUCAACGGGUUACUACAGCAGCAGCAGCCUUGCUCAAGUGCAUCGUGCAUUUAUGCCAAGUCCGGAAGCAAUAGUGGCGAUCUUGGCGGUGGCGGAAACAUAUCCCUCGGCGCAUCGCAUCGAUUAGGCGCGGGAGGCAUCAUUCCGGGAAGUUUAAGUGUUGGUACGGGUACGAACGCAGGAAGCAAUACAAGCACUCCGAACGCUCCUGGUCCACCGGUACUGGGAAAGGAUAUCAAUAAGCUAUUGAAUCUAAAUGUAGCAAGCGCAGGAACACAUAAUUCCGGAGGAAAUAAUACCAAUAGCAGCAGCAGUAUAGCCGGUACAGGAACAGGCAACAUGUGUAAUGCGAACAACAUCCAUACCGGUGCUACCGGCGUGCUGAAAGCUCAACUGCAGGCUGGCUCCAUGGCUGGAACCGCUAGCGAAGGAUCCGGAACGGGUACGGCAAACAUGAUGGGAAUGUUCUCGAGUAGUGCCGCAUCAUCGCCCAAUCUCUCGACGGCUCUGUCAACGCACGACGAUAAAAGUGGUUCAAGCCCGCCCCCCGCAAAGCGUCACAAGGGCGACAAGAAGGAAAUGGUAGACGUAUGUGUUGGCACGUCCGUCGGCACGAUAACGGAGCCGGACUGUUUGGGUCCCUGCGAACCGGGCACAUCUGUCACGCUGGAGGGUAUCGUAUGGCACGAAACGGAGGGUGGCGUUCUAGUGGUGAACGUUACUUGGCGGGGUAAAACUUACGUUGGAACGUUGAUCGAUUGCACCAAACAUGAUUGGGCGCCUCCGAGGUUUUGUGAUUCUCCGACUGAGGAAUUGGACUCCAGGACACCGAAAGGACGAGGCAAAAGAGGUCGAAGCUCAGCUUUGCUGCCAACGAACGAUCUUAGCAAUUUCACGGAGACUCGAAGCUCGAUGCACAGUAAGUUAAGGAACGGCGGUUCCAAAGGACGAGGAGGACGAGGAGGCAUAAUCGAGACGAACGCGGCAAGUGCAACCGGAGCAUCCAAACUUCCAACGCUCACUGCCAGUGCAAAUGUUCUUGGAACAGCCAACAAUGGAGGAUCGCUGGGCGGUGCCAGCAAUACACCCUCAACGUCACCAGUAGCAUUUCUUCCGCCGCGAGCAGAAAAACGCAAAUCAAAGGACGAGUCUCCUUCCCCGCUAGGCGCGGGCAGUGGUGGCAGCGGUUCCGGUGGGGCCGGUAGUAACAAUGGUGCGCAGAACACCAUGAGCAAUAAUGUGAUAAACUCGGCGUCUGUAAAUAUCGGAAGCAAUUCCUCCGGCAACACAGGAAGUGGUUUUAACAAUGCAUCCAGCGGAGACGGUAGCGGCCACCCGAGUGGCUCCCCGUCGAUCGUUAAUCUCGUGACGGGAUUAAAUGUUCAGGUGAGCAGUGGCGGUAGCGGAACUGCCGGCGGAUCGGCGUGUAAAAAAGCAAAAAGUAGCACCGCAGCCUGUGCAAUUUCACCGGUACUGCUAGAGUGUCCUGAGCAAGACUGUAGCAAAAAGUACAAGCACGCGAACGGGUUGAAGUACCAUCAGAGCCAUGCACACGCUGGCAGUGCCUCUUCCAUGGAUGAGGAUUCAUUGCAAGCGCCAGAAUCACCGCAACGAAUAGCACCUUCACCGACAACCAACAAUACCGCCCCGUCACCUCUGUCCGUGGCCGUCGGUGGCAGCACAGCUCUCCCCACUGCAACUACCGGCGGUUCGUCUGCGACGGGCAACAACAGUGAACUCGUCCUGGCCCUGUCUACCACGACCGGUGGUUCAGGCUCCAGCUCUGCCAUAGCAGCAUCCUCAUCUACCCCAUCACCAUCACAAUCCGUGUCUGGGUCGGCUUCCUGCAUUUCAACGAUGUCUAGUCAAUUGUCACAACAAAAUUUAGCUUCUAAACAAUCCCUUGGCCCCAACAAUUCCAACACAAUUAACAAUGGAAACAAUGGUGGUGGUGGUGGUGUUAAUUCUCAGGACACAACGGGUAUGCUACUGCAUCAGUCCUCAUCCGCUGAUCAAAUGUCAACGUCUAGCGUAACGGCGGGCACUGUAGGCACAAAUGAACAGCAAGACCCUGACAGACACGGCGCGAGUGGUGGUCCAGAGGCACCAACUGACGGAGGUUCGGCUACACUCAAUGAUGAGGAAUCAAACCUAACAACAACUGGAGUAAUGAAUGCUAGCAGCGCGGCAGGCUCAGUUGCAAUACCAAGAUCGCCGGCUGUUGGUAUGGGAAUGCUGUCGACUACUCCAACAACUCCUUCUACACCAGUGGAUGCACAUAAAACUCCUCACGGUUUCGCAAAGCAAAAGAAAAGUCGCAAAUCGCCCGGUCCUUCUACCAACGCCGAAUUUGACCAAAUGGCUGCAUCCGCGGGCAAUCGCACAGAGGACGUUCAAAGUCCCGCUUACAGUGAUAUUAGCGAUGAUUCCACUCCCGUUACUGAUGCUACGGAUUUGCCCAUGGGAGCAGGAGAAAAAUCUAAAGGAUCUCAUAUGGCAGAAAACACAAGAAAAGCAAACGACACUCCAGCUGAAUCAGUAAACAAUGCCAGCAACAGUAAUCCUAACACCAGCGGUCCUUUGGGGCCACUCUCCAGCUAUGGUCUUUAUCCAUACUACGCAGGACUGCCCCAUCAGCAACCACCUCCACCGCCACCGGCCGGUGGCCCAUACUUCCCUACGGCUGCAGACCUUGGUUCAAAUAAACCUCCUCCGCCACCUCCAAUCGGUCCGGUUCCCUUACCUCACGGUGUCGCAACUAGCAUUGCACCCUCAGCAGUCUCUGCUGCCGGAGGGCCGCUCGAGUACAGCAAAAAUAAAGAGCCGCCGUUGGAUCUUAUGAACAAACCAAACAACACAGGACCACCACAGCAUCCAUUGCAUCAGCCGCAGCCUCCAUCCUCUGGAUUACCCCCUCCGCCAUCGCUAGCAUCAGCCGGUCCGCCUACAGUGCCGGAGGGUGUGCGGACUCCUGGAGGGCUUAUGCUGAACCCGUCCGCGACUGCCGGAUUACCGUCACUUGCAGGGGCAGCUGAUGUGAAGGACGGUUCGAUAUUGAACGCCGGUCCUCCUCCGCCACCGGGUGGCAAAGUACUGUCACAUUACUAUCCUUAUGGCUAUGUACCCCCCGGGUAUAAUUAUCCCGGGCUCGAUGCUGGCUACGGUCAGCUGUCGGUAAUAUCGGACGAAUCAAAGCAUAGUCCGGUUAUUACGGUCAAGGAGGAACGGUUAAAAGAGAGCCAAAGUCCUAGCGAGUACAGCAAACUGGGUGCAUCACCGCUCAUGGCCUCAAAACUCAUAAAAUCGGAAUCUACGAAAGAUAUAAAGACUGAACCAGGCCUAAGCGGAAGUGGCGGCGGAUCGCUACACGGCCCCGGUAUUCAUCCUAAAGAUCCUCAACAAGCUGGUCCAAAUCAACAACCGCCAUCCCUGCCAUCGCAAUCGCUGGGUCCGUAUGGUAGCAUGUUCCGACAUGGGCUCGGUGUAGGCCCACCACCCGGAGGUCCUCCACCACCGUCCCAUAUUCCAGCGUCUCGAGAGGAGGAUCUUCGAAGAAUGUUCAGCUAUACUGAUCAACGACGGGUAGGUGGCAAUCCCCCACCAUCGGGUCAUCCGGGAGGGCCACCGGGGCUUCCGCCCGGUCUUAAUCCAAAGGAUGAGCCGCAUUCACCAUCAUCGCACGGGCAAUCGCAACAGCAAUCAGGAUUGCAUGGACAAUCGUUGCCGGGUUCGGGAAAAGGUUCCAAAUCCUCCUCGGGACAGACCGGUUCGUCGUCCUCAUCCGGUGGAGGAAGCAGUAAAGGAAUGGGGAAAGGUUCCGACAGUGGUAGUGGAAGCAUCAAGCAGGAGGACAAAGAAAGCGCAAUGAAAAUCAAACAGCAACAGCAACAGGAGGGUCAGAAACCGACGAUGGAAACGCAAGGCCCACCGCCACCGCCAACCUCCCAGUACUAUUCACCGUCGCUGUAUAUGAGCGCCUCUCCGUUCGGGUUCGAUCCAAACCAUCAAAUGUACCGACAGAUGUUGGUUUCCACUGCGCCGUAUAGUGCGCCACCCUAUCACUUGCAAAUACCGCGCUUCAAUCACCCGCCCGAGGAUCUGUCACGGAAUCAGAGUACGAAAGCGCUUGAUCUGCUGCAGCAUCAUGCCAGUCAGUACUACAACUCACACAAGAUACACGAGCUUAGCGAGCGCGCAAUGAAAAGCCCGACCAGCAACAGCGUUAAAGUAAGCGUAUCAAGUCCCAAUCUCUCGCAGCAACCCGGUUGCCAAAAUCCUAAUCUAUGCAUUCCUCCACCAAACAGUAGUAGCGCAGGAUUGUCUUUACAGCAACAGCAGCAGCAGCAACAACAGUCAGUUGCUGCCGCUCAACAACAAUCAUCUAAUUCUAGUGGUGGCGGUGGUGGCGGUGGUGGUGGUGGGAGUGGUGGUGGGCCGCCACCAUUGCAGCAAUCAUCGCAACCUCCUUCGUCUGGGAAUCAUAUGCAAGGGACAACAGUGAAUAGCAAUAGUGGGAGCAGUGGUAAUGUAAAUAGUGGUAACAGCGGUGCCAGUGGUGGUCCCGUUGGAGCAAAUAAUGGUAGUGCCAGCGGUAACGGCGGUAAUCCUGGCGACGGUCAGGGUAAAGAUCAUACCGGCGGCAAUAGCUCUGCCAGUUCCCAACAACAAUCUUCCACCGGUGGCAGCAGUUCCAGCGGUGGAGGCAAUGCUGGGGCUCGAAGUCCGCCCCCUCAACGCCAUGUGCACACACACCAUCACACCCAUGUUGGACUUGGUUAUCCAAUGUUUCAAGCACCAUAUGGCGCCGUACUAGCGACACCCCAGGCGGCGGCCGUCACUGUGCUCAGCCCAUUCCAGACGGGACCGCCCACCAAGUGAAGCAAAACAUCUCACCGUCCCGUCAGAUAAAUCAUCUGGGAUUGGUAGCAGCGCGUGUUCCUUUUGCAGAUGGAGUUUUGUAAAUAUAUAUAUGUAUGUGAGUGUGUUUGUGCGUGCGUGCGUGUGUGUGAUAUACAUAUGACAUACGAUCAAUCCGCUUUUUCUCAAAUUACCGUAUCCUGGAUUGUUGCUACCAACGCUAUUGAAACAGUGAACAAAGGAGCUAACAGGAGCAAGGUGACGAGACGUUCCGUUUCUAAGGAAUAGACAAGACGAAAAACACAUCAGUUCUCUUACGCGAACGAAUUGUAGUAAUUUGCAGCCGACCAGUUUCAGUUGAAGUAGAAUAUCUAAUGUUGUAAUUGCGACGUAGUAAAAAGCGUUCUUACGAUCUAUAGUUUACGUGGUGAGCAAUUGUAGUACGUACUGCAAGAGCAGAUUAAGAUUGCUGCACUAACGGCAAUAUUGGCCACAGCUAACAAACCUAUGAUAAUUAUAUGAUUGCGUUGGGGAAUGGCGCGUCGCGUGAUAUUUAAGGCACAUUUAUCAUGCUUCAGUUUUUCAAACUCUUAGAAUUUUAUGUAGCGUUAUUACGUACCCGACGUAGUAGGGUUGAGAAAAACCGUUGGCCACGUUCCAGUCCAUUUCUGUUAGUUAAUCGAUCGAUCAAUAGAUCGAAGUUGUUUAACCUUUUUUGGGACGAUUGCAUUGAUAGCUUUCUUUUUUUACGUUCGAUCAGUAAUAUUUGGUAAAACAAUGAAUGGAACUUUUUAAUCAAGAGAAGAAAAUAUCGUUAAAAAUCUAGCCUCUAAUACUAAACUACUAUUGGGAAAAGCAAAACCACUGCAUCGCAAAAGAUCAAUGUUAUUUAUAGAAGAAGAAGAAGGAAAAAACACUGAACAUUUAAAUGGUUCACACCAAUGCAAAAUGUAAAUAUGCUCGAAAUUCGACAACGGAGAGAGGAUUGGUGAUGUAGGAUUGUCAAGUAUUAUUCACGAACGAAAUUUGAUUGAAAAGCAUUACACGCUACGUUCGAGUUGAUCGCGCACAACGCAACGCAGUGGUGUGUUAAGGUCUACUUACUACUUUAUUGUUAUCUUUUCUUUUAGAUAAACAAAAAGAAAAACAACCCUCAUUGACGAAUGAAUUUACAUUUCAACUCAAAACAGUCAAACAAUGCAAAAUGGGCGGUAAAUAAAGUAGUGUGCAGAUGCGGACAAGAGCUGCUAGUAUAACGCAUUGUAGCGGAAACACAGAGAUGCGCACGAUCAAAGCACGGUACAGAAAAUAUGAGUUCAUAUGAGAGUCUUUUGAUAGCUUUUGGACGGGUUUGACAGCGUUCAUGGUGGAAGUGUCGUGUUGUUAUAUAUUCAUACAUAUAUUUUUUUACAAACAAAAUCGAAAAAGAAGGGCAAAGAUAAUUUUUUGACGAUGUGGGUAGGAAAUCCUGUCAGGUAGAAGAAAUCGUUAAAUGAUCCAUCAUUUUACCCGGAAACAUGAUUGCCUGUUUAACGGAACGCGACGCAAACCACGUAGAUACAGAAACACACACAUACACACACAUACACCUUACUUUCUUACAGGGGUUGCGUCGCGUAUUCGUUAGAAACGCAAACGCAAGGCAUAUCGGUGGCCAAUUUCUGUGCUUUCUGUUGUAAAAUUAUGUAGAAAAUAAUAAGGCGCUGAAUAUUUAGGAAGAAACGUUACGCUAUCGCAAGAAGAUGACAAACAUUAUUCAUUAAAGCGUGCGCGGCACGGCGCAAGCAUGUCGGAAGGGGCAAAGAGGAGUUGUAAUUAACUAACUGUAGAUCAUUUGACAGUAGUAGUUCCAUUGUGUGUGAAUGUUAGCUUCGUUAAGUGAUUGCAAGUG